UUAGAAUAAUUUGUAAACUUAAUAACUACUACUGUAAAUUCUACGACCAUCCUAACUUAUUUUGUGUGUAAAAUUGCUUAAAACAAAUAAGAAGUACAUGCGGUAUUUAUCAAGAUGGUAAGAACAGUUUAUUCACCGGAGCAUUGCCUUCAGUAUUUGGAACAAUAUGCCACUCAGGAAGUUUAUGUAAUUGGUUUAAUUUUGGGACAGAUAACUGAGGCACGUGAAAAUGUCAUUCAUCUUGCACGGACACCAGAAGAAAAAAGCCCCGAUGCAUUAUCGGAGACUAGUUUUACAUCAGAGAAGCCAGAGCCUUUAAGGAACUUGUUAGGAGUGUCUGAAACCUGGGUAGCUGAUCAUGCCAAACAUGUAACAAGAAUGUUGCCUGGAGGAAUGUUUGUUCAAGGAAUAUUUGUAACAAGCGAUGAAGAUAUUUUUGAAGAUCCCAAUUACUUCAGUAAAGUGAAGUCAGUUUUAAAUUACACAUUUAAAGCACAGAAUGCCAAUCCAUAUAUGAAUGGUAAUUAUCCACAUUCAAAUGAGAGAUUGAUUCUACAUAUGUGUACAAGUACUAAAGUAUUGACUUGUAAAAGUGUGGAGGUUGGGACGGGUAACAAGACUUCAAUCAAACCUGUAGAGUGGAAAUUCUUACCAAAACCACAGCAAUGGCAAAGGUUGGACUGCUAUUAUGAAUUUGAUGAAGUAUAUCCAGUCAUAGUGAAGAAGAGUGGUAUAUCGGUUAAACAUCAAUUUCAGCAAAUUCUAGAAUCUGCACAUAAGACAAUUGAAUCUAGUGUUAUGUUCAUUGAUGGAGAAUUAAAGGAAGGUUCUGAACAACUGGAACAGCUAAAUAAGAAGAAAAAAGUAAAAAAUAGUACAAAAUCUGCACAAGAUGUGUUGAAAUCAAUGCAUGUUUCAUUGUUUGUGCCAUUUGAAAACUCCCUACCCGAGACUGUUGAAUAUCUAGAAUGUGAUGGGAAUAUACACUUCAGUGGAGUGGUAGCGUCAAGUGUAUUCAUGUAUCCAAAAGCAACUGUUAGUGAAGCGAUUGCUGCUGUCAAACAGGACAUUAUAAGGUCACUUGCAUCACGUUUCACAAUGCACUGUGAUGCGUUAAUUGAUGACAAUUUGUUACCUGAAGAAAAAGUCUGUUUCAAUGAACCACCAAGGCGAGUCUUAGUUCCUGUGGGCUCUUUAUAUCUCUGUGAUUAUUUAUUCCCCGGAGAGGCGCCUGCAGAGGCUCUGCUUUCUGUGAAAGAACUUCUUGAUCUGCAAAUAACUGAAGGGGAUGUUAUUUGCGAUGUUGAGACACCAGCAGAUACAUCAGAGUUUGAUGCCUUGGAUCGUGAUACAAGCAGUGAAGAACUCCUAGCAUCUCCCCAAGAAGCCAGCCAAUUUAUGUAUAUUACAGGGAUUUGCUUCGCUAUGUUUGUGUUAAUUGUAUCAAUAUUCGUACAUUACUAUGAUGGGAUCAUGGCAUGUAUCAGUCAACUCUUCUCUAGGUCAUAAACUUGUGAGAUUUAUUUGAAGUGAAUUUGGUUGCAAGCAAAUUUUAUUUCUCUAUGUGUAUGGUUAUAAUAUAUUCAGAUUGUGACUAUAAUAUGCACCUGUUUUGUACAGAUUGCUGUGUAAUUUUCAAUGAUAUAUGAAUAAAGUAUUUUUUAUAUAA